AUCAUGUCUACGUUUGAACAUUUUGCUACCAAUGCGAUACACGUUGGUCAAUCGCCAGACCAAUGGAAAUCCAUGUCGAUGAUCCCUCAAAUUUCUCUUUCCACAACGUUCAAGCAACAUGCUCCGGGCGAUAACAAUGGUUACGAGUAUACCAGAGGUGGUAAUCCAACUCGAAAAGUUUUUGAAAAAUGUGUGGCUUCAUUAGAGGGAGCUAAGCAUGCCUUGGCUUUUAGCUCUGGCUUAGGAGCUACAACUUCCAUCGUUCACCUCUUGAAAUCUGGCGAUCACAUCGUAUCCGUUAAUGACGUUUAUGGAGGAACAAAUCGUUAUUUUCAAAAAGUUUGUGGUAAGUUUGGUGUGACUGCUACUUUUGUCGAUACUUCGGAUUUAAAAAAUAUCGAAGCCGCAAUACAACCAAACACAAGGAUGAUGUGGUUAGAAUCACCGACUAAUCCAACAUUGAAAGUAACCGAUUUAGAAGGGGCCAGCAAAAUAGCGCACGCACACAAGGAUAUAAUUGUUGUCGUCGAUAACACCUUUGCCUCCUCAUACUUUCAGCGUCCAUUAAGUCUUGGCGCCGAUAUCGUGAUGCAUUCCGUUACGAAGUACAUGAAUGGACAUACCGAUGUCCUUAUGGGGGUUGCUGUGACUAACAGCGAUGAAAUAAAUGAGAAGCUGUUCUUUUUGCAAUUCGCAAUGGGAAUAGUACCGAGUCCUUUCGACUGCUACCUCGCGAAUCGUGGUGUUAAAACAUUAGCAAUCCGUAUGAAACAGCACCAAGCUAACGCUUUUGCUGUUGCCAAAUUUUUGGAGUCCUCUCCAUAUGUGGAAAAAGUUCUUUACCCUGGACUUCCCAGCCAUCCUCAGCACGAAAUUGCUAAGAAACAGAUGAAAGGCUUUAGUGGAAUGGUCACCUUUUAUGCAAAAGGAGAUGCCAAGACGGCUGCGAGAUUCUUCAAAAAUAUCAAGAUCUUUACGCUAGCAGAGAGCCUUGGAGGAUACGAAAGUUUGGCUGAACUUCCGUCACUUAUGACGCAUGCAUCAGUGCCUGAAAAGCAGAGGGCUGAACUUGGCAUAACGGAUACUUUGAUUAGGCUAUCGGUAGGUAUUGAGGAAACGGAAGACCUGGUUGCAGAUCUUGAACAAGCAUUGGCUGCUGCACAGGUAGAAAAUUAAUUAUCUAAGCCAGAAUAUACUUUUACCUGGAAAGGUAUUCAUGUUAGAGUAUGGGGCUACAGCGAUGUGGAUGUAUUAAUGAAACUUAGACAUUACGGACAUUUCACUAAGCUGUGCACGAUGCCGUAAUACAUAUCCGCGUAAAUGGCGAUAAAAGUAGAUUUUAGAGUUUGUUCAUAUCGUUGCAGUUAUGUUUUCCAACAUUAGUUAUAGAUACCUGACGUUUAAAUUGACUGUCGACUAUAAAUGCUGGUGUCAUCUCUUAGUAACUCUUACCUUGAGUGUGUCCUUGAAUGACCUUGUAUACGUAGAGGUACUUGUACCUGUAAGCAUUUACUUUUGCUGAUUUUACAGCAUUUAAGCUAUCAUAAAAUUGGCAUGCAAUCUAUCUAUCUACAUACGUAUUUGUAUUAAUAAUAUCCGGUAUCUAGAUAUUGCUGGAGCAGCAACUUUAUUGCGCAAGUAUCUGGUGGGACACUGAACGGCUAGCCAAGUGUGAUUAUUUAAAAUAAUGUACAUCCUUUGCUAUCCAAAUUUAUCGGUCUGGUAUUUAUAGCUUGUUGUAAGAGUAAAAUAUCUGUGACAAUAAAAUCAUUCAAU